AUGUCCUGCCAGCAGAACCAGCAGCAGUGCCAGCCCCCUCCCAAGUGCCCGCCCAAAUAUCCCGCCCCCAAGUGCCCCCCAGUCUCUUCCUGCUGCAGUGUCAGCUCUGGGGGCUGCUGUGGCUCCAGUUCCGGGGGCAGGGGCUGCUGCAGCUCCGGGGGUGGAGGCUGCUGUCUGAGCCACCACAGGCGACGCAGGUCCCACUGCCACAGACACCAGAGCUCUGACUGCUACAGUCAGCCCUCGGGGGUGGGGGUGGGGCUCCGGGUGCUGAGGCAGGGGAAGCGGCAGUCAUCUGGGGGCUGCUGCUGA